GGGGGGCGGCCCACAAUGGCGGCGGGAGAGGCGCGGGGGAGCCCGGCCGAGCAGGAGGAGGCGGCGGAGGCACCGGAGGCGGCGGCGCGGAGCUUCAAGGAGCUGGGAGUGACAGAUGUCCUGUGUGAAGCUUGUGACCAGUUAGGAUGGAAGGUACCAACAAAGAUUCAAGUUGAGGCUAUUCCUGUGGCUCUGCAAGGCAGAGAUAUAAUUGGACUGGCAGAAACUGGCUCAGGUAAAACAGGAGCUUUUGCUCUGCCAAUUCUUCAAGCACUGCUGGAGGCACCUCAACGAUUAUUUGCUCUUGUCCUCACACCAACAAGGGAGCUGGCCUUCCAAAUCUCAGAGCAGUUUGAAGCUCUUGGAUCUUCCAUUGGUGUACACAGUGCGGUUAUUGUGGGUGGAAUUGACACGAUGUCUCAAUCUCUGGCUUUAGCCAAGAAGCCACAUAUUAUAAUUGCAACCCCUGGGCGUCUAGUUGAUCACCUGGAGAACACAAAGGGCUUCAACUUACGAGCUCUGAAAUUCUUAGUGAUGGAUGAAGCUGACCGGAUCCUUAACAUGGAUUUUGAGACAGAGGUAGAUAAGAUACUGAAAGUGAUUCCCCGAGACAGGAAGACGUUCCUGUUUUCUGCCACUAUGACCAAGCAGGUUCAAAAACUCCAGCGUGCUGCUCUGAAGAAUCCUGUUAAAUGCGCUGUUUCUUCCAAAUAUCAGACUGUUGAAAAGCUACAGCAGUACUACAUUUUCAUCCCAUCCAAAUUCAAGGACAGCUACUUGGUUCAUAUCUUGAAUGAACUAGCUGGAAAUUCUUUCAUGAUAUUCUGUAGUACAUGUAACAAUACUCAGAGGACUGCUCUGCUGCUCCGCAACCUGGGGUUCACUGCCAUUCCUCUCCAUGGGCAGAUGAGUCAGAACAAACGAUUGGGCUCCCUAAACAAGUUCAAGGCAAAGGCACGUUCUAUUCUGCUGGCUACUGAUGUUGCAAGCAGAGGUCUGGAUAUCCCACAUGUAGAUGUGGUGAUAAACUUUGAUAUUCCUACACACUCUAAGGAUUACAUUCAUCGUGUUGGGAGAACAGCUCGAGCUGGGAGGUCUGGAAAAUCUAUCACCUUUGUCACACAGUAUGAUGUAGAGCUGUUUCAACGCAUUGAACACCUGAUUGGCAAGAAGCUGCCAGCAUUUCCCAUGCAAGAGGAGGAAGUUAUGAUGCUGACAGAACGUGUAGCUGAGGCCCAGAGAUUUGCUCGAAUGGAGCUGCGGGAGCAGGGAGAGAAGAAGCGAUCUCGGAAUGGUGAUGAUGAUGACACAGAAGAAGCUCUUGGUGUCAGGAAAAAGGUGGCAGGUGGGAAAAAGAAGAAACGGAAAGCUUUCUAGCUCAGUGUGUGGACAAACUUUUACUUUCUUCUUUAUGGCUACAUGAGCUUGGCAAAAACGACCUUCAGCAUCCAUCUCCAGUGGAUUUUUUUUCAGGACUGCUUAACAUUUAAUUGGGUAGUCCAGAUGUAAAAUACCUUCCUCUUUUCUGCUUUCAAGUUACAGACUGAGCUUGGUCCGUUGUGGUACCGUGGGGUCAAUCUUCCUUCCAGAGACACCAGAUUAUCUCCUCAUGGUGUGGAAGCAGAUGUGGUUUGGCCCCAAAGAGGUCCAGGGUGGUGCAACUUUCCUUUUGUUGCAGCCUAUGUCUCACAACCCAAACUCACUGAGUACAUCUGGAGUCAAAUAGGUCUGUCGGAAGAAGAAAGAGUUGAAAAAGUUAAAGUAACUGAGUUUCCACAGCACAGUUGUGAUGAUUUUACCUUGGAGAAGGGACAUGUGACAUGGACAAAUCUAAAUAUAGCUUAAUUUUAAAGCUAACUGGUUUUCCGUGUUUUGUCACUGACCUGUUAUGCUCGUUUUGAGUAUCAGCUGUGCCAGAAGGUUUUCCUCUUAGGUCAUUCUUAUUAACGAUUCAUAUGUGACACAAAUACUUUAAAUGUGUCAGCUGAAGAGUGGACCAACAGAAACAGAGCCAGUUUUGGCUGGGUUGGGCUAUUUACUGCCUGGAAUUCAAUCCAGAAUAUGUGAAGAUUGGCAAGAUCAAGGAUUGUUUUGUUUUGUUCUGUGGCUGAUUCCUGUAGUACUUACAAACUAACACAAGAGGGUGGUAUGUACAUAGAAAAGCAACCAACUUGCUGGAUGGUGGAGAUAAUUUUUUUGCCCUAUUUAUUUCUGUGGCAGUUUUCUUUGUCUUGUAUGGAGAACAGCAUUAUAUAAAUAGACUCUUGUGAAAAUGGAAAAAAUGUACUUUUCAUAUCAGACUUUAAGGUUAGUGCUAGCUCCAACUGGCAAUAAACAUAUUUGUACUGGCGACUCUUUGGUGGUCAGAGAAGGGUGAGAAGCUCAUUUGUGAUCAUUCAAUACAAAAACGUAGUGUCCAUUAGAACCACCCAAAAACUGGGCAUUCUGCUCCAUGAAAAGCAAAAAAAUUCUUCUCUAAGAGGUAAAUAGAAAGCAGAAACUACGGCAGUAAUUAAAACCAGAAGGAUGGUUACUUUCAUAGUGGCAACAUAAAUCUAAUAUACACAUGUAUGCUAGUCAGAAUGCCCCAAACAAAAGUAUAAAAGCAACACAUUUUACAAAACA